UAUUGAAAAGCUUCAAAAAAAAAAAACCUACAUAUUACCCCCUCCCCCCUCUUAUUUCUCUAGUAAUCUUUUAAAUUUCUCGUUUACUCAUGGAAAAGCACCACCCUUUGCCGUUCUUUCACUCCGACGACCUCCUCCGCCGUAGAUCCGCCGCAUCCGACCGAAUCCAUGAUGAUUCUAGCGAUGAUCAUGUCAAGGUCAAGCCCCACAUCAUGGAAAUGGAUUUCUUUUCUACUGAUCAUCAUCAAGACAGCAAGAUUAAUACUAAUGCUUCAUCUUCUUCAUUUGAUGUUAACACUGGAUUAAAUCUUGUCAGUUCAAGGACGGCUAGUGAUAAGAAAUCCAACACUGAAAUGAGUGUUCUUAAAAUCGAAUUAGAAAGGUUACAGGAAGAGAAUCGAAGACUGAAGAGCAUGUUGGAUCAUAUCACAAGAAACUACAAUGAACUACAAGGUCAACUAUUCAUGGCGGUACAAAAACAGGCUCUACUUGCAAUUAAUAAACAACAGGUGAACAAGGAAGGAGUGAAAGGCAUGUCGAGUCAUCCCAUAAUGUCAAUCCAACAAUCCAUGGACCCACGACGACCAUUGACUACAUUAGAUGUGAACGAGCCAUCGGCAACUGACGACAAGAGGACAGAACUGUCAGCCUCUUCCCCAGCCAACGCCACCACCUCCACCAUGGAUGUCGUGUCAAAGGACGGCAACGACGACCAUCAUCGGACGGUUCAGAUUCAAGGGAAGCACGUCUUUGUCGAAGAUGUAAUCGAUCAAACGUGUCAACAGAGCUGGGGUACUUCGCCAAAGAGUAGUCCAAUGGUGGAUGAGCCAAAGAAGGAAGAAGAACAAGUCCCUGAAGUAGCUUUAAAAAAGGCCAGGGUGUCGGUUAGGGCAAGAUCAGAAGCUCCCAUGAUAAUUGAUGGGUGUCAAUGGAGGAAAUAUGGUCAAAAGAUGGCGAAGGGUAACCCUUGUCCACGCGCUUACUACCGUUGCACUAUGGCUGUUGGCUGCCCAGUACGUAAGCAGGUGCAAAGAUGUGCUGAGGAUAAAAGCAUUCUCAUAACAACAUAUGAAGGAAACCACAACCACCAUCUACCACCGGCAGCCACAGCAAUGGCCAAAACUACCUGCGCUGCCGCAGCCAUGGUGUUAUCUGGUUCGACCACAAGUAAUGAUGGCCUACCAAAUUCUGGCUAUUUCCACAGCUCCUUGCCUUACGCGACAAUGGCCACUCUAUCUGCCUCGCCGCCGUUUCCCACCAUAACCCUCGACUUAACUCAGGGCCCAAACCCCGUCCCAUUCAUACGUCCCCCACCUUCUCCGCCUACGUUUCCGUUACCUUUGCAUGGUUACCCCAAGCUAUCCGCAUUGCCGGCAAUGCAGAUAGGGCAACAACAGCAACAACAUACUGCUUCUAUGGUGGAAACUGUCACGGCAGCCAUCGCUUCUGACCCGAAUUUCACUGCGGUGUUGGCUGCUGCUAUUUCGACGUUUAUGGGAUCACCACCACCACCACUGCCGCCAAGCAACAACGGAAACAAUAGUACAACAAGCCAAGCUCUCCCUGGAUCACCUCAGCUUCCUCAGUCUUGUACCACUUUUUCAACAAACUAGCCGAGCUCAUUAAAAUUUUGUCAUCUUCAACCUUGUUUUGCUUAAGCUUUUGCUAGGUGCUCAAAAUAUGGUUCAGAUUUGAAUAUGCCUAUAGUGGAAAAAAGCAUUUCGAAAUCUGAUAUUGCGGUGACGGAUUAAUAUUCUAAUGUAAAGAUAACGUAUAUUGUUUUUGUAGUGAAUAUUAUUAUACGUUGUCACAUUAAGGAUAAUAAGCUUAUUGAAAGCUUAGGCAGUGGGGGGUGUAUUUCUUUGUGUGUUGCAAAUUAUUUUUUGAUUUUCUACUUAAUUCAAAAAUAUUUUUAUAGAGUGAUAAA